AUGGGAGACGAUAUGGUGCAUUGGAGCGACUCUACGUACAUGCAUGUGUGCGUAAAGAACGAUGUAUCCGCCGCUGAUUAGCCACUUGACCAGUAGAGUCACACGAUAAACGGCAUGCCCAGUGUUGGAGAAUCACUCGACGCGCGGCGCUCCCUCGCACCUCCCACUGAGAGAAGAGAGGAUUGGCUGAAAGUCGCUGCGCGAUGACUGCACGUGACUGGUCCGUGCGCGUUGAUCUGAUAUAAAUGGCACUUGCGCGCGGUUUGAUCCCUUAUCGAAAGUCACCUGGCGAGCUGAUAUUUGGGGUGUUCCUGUUGCAAUACGGGGAGAUCUUGAGCUCUUUUGCUUAGGGAGAAUAAUACUUCCUUCAAGUCCGUGCCACAAUUUCUAGGCUGGCGGCGGCCCGUUAGGACGUGACACCCUUGCUCUACUUAUUAUUUUUGUAGUGAUGCAGUACCGUACUCUUGGAAUCGAUGGAUUCUCGAAUGUUACGUUUGCCGUUCGCAUAUAUGUCGUGUGCAAGUUUAGUUCAGUGACGAUCUGAGACGUCACUAUUGAACUUUCCCAUUCUGGCAGCAUGACUUCCAGGACAGUGUCUCGGCUCGGAACAUGCGAAGUUAUCUGUGACCACGAGACUAACCAAGUUCCGCCUUUCAGCUCACUGCUCGGACGCCGUCCUUAUCCUACCGUCAAACAGACUUGCUGUCUGUUCGGAUCCCACAUCCUGGAGAUGGGGCUGGAUCCCCGUCAAACAGACUUUAAGGGAUUCGGGGCUAUUAAAAGCCAAGUACUUACCACGACUUGUGGAAUUUAGGUCCAUUAAAAGCUACAGCACAUCCCCACUCUACGGGUGCUGCUGCAUCCGUCCGAACAACCGCUCAAGUCUGUUUGACGGUCAGACGCGCGGAUCUACUAUCAAAAAAGCUACCUCCACCCGAACAGGCUCUUAUGAAUGUCGCCAAGCGCGCAAGGUCAUUCCAUCGAUCGACGGGCGAUUCACGUAACGCGCAGAAAUGAAUGAAAGCUCCAUUUCGCGCGUCGACCGGGGCAUCAGAUAUCAGAAAGUGUCGGCGGGCUCGCCUCGUCACGAUUAUAUACAAUCGCGUUCGCCGCUCAUGAUCCCUGCGAUGAAUUUCGACGGCGAUCCUUGGCUCUACCUUGGCAUUGGGAAGCGGUAUUCAGCAUAACGAUAGGCAGGGAAUUGCCCGGGGAUUUGACAUGGGACUGUUGGGUUGGCAUUAGCGAAAGGAAUAUAACAUCAUCGAUCGAUCCUCGUUUUCGGAACUUUGCGUCUCGGAAACUCCGAGCUCAGUGUGAGUAGUCUCCCUCGCUUACCCUCCGGGCACUGCGAUACAAAUUUCACAUUCAUCACAAGAACAACUCGCCUGUAUUUUUCAUGACGGGGAGAACAUGACGCUGGAAGGGCGAAGUGAAAAAACAUGGAGACGGAGGCAUUUCACACACGAAAUUGAUAAAUUGAUCACGUGUGAAACUCCGUUCAUUGUUUUGCCCACAGAUUGAGAUCGUCACCGUAAGUCACACAAACUCCUUCAGCACCCGAGUUCUGUUCGGCACGCCCUUUCGCUGGCUGUGAAGUCCAUGAUCGAAUUGUGUGUGUGUGCGUGGUGCUCCUUCAUGAUCAGCAACACCCACGCCCGGCUUGACGGUGGCGGAUCGACGGCGAAGCUGACGUGGUGGGGAGAUCCUCACAUCUUCUGCCGCGCUCGGGCGCGAGGUGGAUAUUCUGUGAUCCCUGGGAACGAGAAUCGAGUGGAAUGGACGUAGAAGUGGGGAAGCUGCGUCGAGAUGCGGCGGCGGUCCGGUCGUGCGAGCUGGAAGCGGAAGACCCAUUGUCUCUUUGUCAGGCCGCCUCACCCCGCCCGCUAUCUCCACAGCGCGGAUCCGAUAGCCCCAUGUACGUGGCGGGGGAUGGAAGGAGGACAGAGACAGCGGAGGUCAUGGCCGGACGCUGCCCCUGGCGCAUGUUCCGGCUAGUAGGUCACGAGCAGAAAUGGGCGCAAGGUAUUCUCCCCCCAAUCAUCGUGCCGUGGGCCUGAGUUGUGCCAACGGGAUUUGCGGAUGAAUACGCUGUUAGGAACAUUUGAGCCGUCUUGCGCCAGGCAGCGGAGAGCGACGGACCGGCGCGGAGAUGAAGUCGGAUGGCCGCUUCUGCGUCUCUGCUUGGCACACCCUAUGGCUGAUACAGCGUCAUGUCUUGCGUAGAUUCCCCCAGCCUGUUCAUGGAUGGAGGAAAAACGGAUGUUACUAGCCAGCGCAGCGCGCAGAGCCUUGGUCUAGACCCAGACGUGAGACCGAAGUCUGCGACACAGAAGUCGAGCCGUGGGCGUGGAAAGCAUCGCAUGCACGGACGCCUAGCCGAAUAAAAUGGAAACAUCGCGCAUGGGUGCUUUGACAUGAGAACAAGGGUCAAGUCUGUUUCUCGCGGACUGAGGAAUGUGAUGGGUGCACAGCCACUCGCAUCACUUUCGCAUAGUGCUAUGCCCUUCUCCUCCCAGAUCCCGAUGCGUGAUGGAUGGAUGAGACCUGACUAUUGGUGUUUCGCGACCAAGUGGGUAAUUUACGUCCGGUCCGAACGCCAUCAUCAAAAUGAAGGCGAGACGAACUGCCGCCCGCAUGUGUGGUGGAUCGAUACGAGAUGAUGGUGGCGGGCGGGCGAGUUUGGCGUUACGAGCACAUGGGUGUGGACUCUUGGAGGUGUUCUCGUCCUUCUCUAGCGAGGGGGAAGGGGAACGAUGGCGGCGGCCGAAGCCGGGGACGCUAUUCAUCCUUCCCUUACAUACGCGCCACGGCGGGGAGCGACGAUGCGAAUCUGGGCCACGCCGACGAUCAUCACGACACCAGCCACUUCGGGGAAAACGUGGUCCGGCUACGGCGAUGUGGCCACGUUACCACCUGCGCUCGCACUCAAUCUGCAUCGAAUCUCUCGGUUCUGCAGGGAAGCAGCGGGGAUAAUGCAGAAAUAGCCCCGGAUGGGCCUGGCUGGCACCCAUCCGUCAGUCCGUCCUUCUUGGGCUUCGUUCGGCCCUCGCGCGAAACCGCUUGGAAUCUGGAUCCGAUUCGAUACUGUAAAUGAUGAGGGACGGAGGCGGCGCGCACGCGCGCAGAUUGAGACGAGAUUCGGGUCCUGGUUUUUUUUCGCUCGGGUUCUUAUCUGCUCGAGUCUCCGUGCCGUAGCGCGAUUCCGAUUCGAUUCCAGACUAACUCUAUAUAAAGCACAGACACAGGGACCCCUGGUGAUUUCUGCCCGCCCAAUAACACCUCGACCAGCAUUCCCCAGUCGACACACCCAGCCAACGCCUCUCCCCCUUGCACUCGUCGGAUGCCAGUCGGACCGCACAGUGGGCUGAGGGAGCUGUGAGCCGCACCAUCCACCCCCGCCCGUCGUCGUCCCGAUGAACACCACCAACGCGCGCGGCGGCCCGUCUCUACCCAGCAUCCGUUCGCUGCACCCCUACCUCCCCCCUGCCCCGUCGACCGCACCGGCGCCAUCCUCGCUCGCUCCGCCCGUUUCCCGCACCCCGCCACCACACGCCGGCCCGUCCGCCGCACGGGACCACGACCGCGACUAUGACCGCGACCGCGAGCACGAGGAGGCGCGGGGUACGCUCCCCCCGUUCUCGUCGUACCCGGUCGAGGAGUCGGAUGGAGAUGGGGACGAGCGUGACAGCAUGCCGGAGCCGCCGAAGAAGAAGCGGAGGCGCCAGCCAUUGAGUUGUACCGAAUGCAAGAGACGUAAGAUCAAGUGCGAUAGGUCCCAGCCGUGUGGUCCGUGCUCGAGAAGGGGGGACCAAGCCAAGUGUCGGUGGCAUAUCGUCGAGCCAGCCACGGACAAAUACGUCCCCCGCUCUGAAUUCGAAGCACUGCGGGCCAGAGUCGACACACUCGAAGACUACAUCCGUCGUCUGCCCGGUCCCGGGCCCGCGUCUUCCACGUUCGGCGGCACUGCUCCGACGGGCUUCUUCCCGCAGGCCCAGAUGCAGUCUCCCGAUACGAUUCCCCCUCCCGCCGAGAUGCUUAUGGGCAUCGCGGCAGGGCCUUAUCCCGCACCACCCGGUCCGUCCGCGCAUGAUCCCGGGCUCGCAUAUUCGCCGAUCCAGUCGCGGGCACCGCUGCCUGCGCGGGUGGGGUACAUGCCGAUGCCGAUGCCCCCACCGGCGGGCAUGCCGCCGCAUCAUCUCGUCCUUCUCGACUCGUCCCCGUUCCCGAGCAGCCCAGGGUAUCGUCCAGGGCAUGCGCGCUCGCGCAGUUUUGGCGAAGGGACGCGCCGUCCCCUAUCUGCCGACGGUGACGCGUCUCCGCCUGGUCUGACGGUCCCGCAUUCUGCUGGCCCGUCAGCAUCAUCGUUUGACCUGCCGUUGCCGUCUGGGCCGCCGCCUUCGUCGGCCGCUGCUCCGGACAGCCGGGUCAGAAGUUUGUCUCCUCGGGAGCGCGCCAGGCGGGGGGAGCAUGGGGCGCUUCCGCCGUUGAUGGGGCUGGGGCCAGCACCGGGACCGGGACCGGGACCGCCUCCGCCAUCGUCUUCAUCGUCCUCCUCGCGGCACGGGGAUGUCGGAUUCCAUCCGUAUCGUGCUGAGGGAGGCCGGCAUCGCGCGACGUCCCGUGCGUACGAUCCCGCGCGGGAGGCGGGAUCUUCUUCCUCCUCGACCUCUGCUAGCCGCACUGCUCAUACUCAGCUUCGCACGCUCCUUUUGCCCGUCCCGUCUGGGAUCCUUGUCUAGGGUGCGGGUGAAUGGACACGACAGCGGCAAGUCUCGCACAUUGUGUUGUCUGCCCAUUGCCCACCUUGCGGAUCUGGAUGUGGCUGUCGGGCCGGUGCAUGCCCCAAUGCGCAGGAUCCCAAGACACUUGCGGCUUCCAUUGCUAGAAUCUCCGCUGUUAUCUCUCGAAUCUCCGACCGACCCACGCUCCUUGCUCCUCCAUUUUCCUCUGUCGUCAUUGCUAUCGAAUCCGCCCCCCGGACGGUGCAUCCCCUACCGUUCCGUCGCGUCAUCGUGUCGUCGCGCCCGUCGCACCAUCGCCUCGUCCCGGAAUAUCCGUCCUGUAUGUGGCAAGCCUGCGGCCCCCCCGAUCCUGCUCGCCGUCGUGCGCGGCAGGUCGCGUCAGAAGCGGAAGAAGGGAUCCCGGUUUCGUGACCGGCUUCGCCGUCGCCGAUGAACGCUCGCGUCUGUUUGUUACGCUACAUACUCAUCUGUCUCCCCCUCUCUUUCUCUCUCUGCCCCAUGCAUCAUCAUCAUCCUCACCGCCAUCGAUCUAUCUCUCCCUUGUAGCCUACCGUACUCGACAUACACCUAACGACAAUACCGCCCUUCCUAUAUAAUAGAUAGCACCGCACUUCGCUCGUUACGCACCGCAUACCACGCACAAUACCGUACCGUACUGUAUAUGAUCGCCUUCGCAAUUCUGUAUCUAGCUAGCACCCCCAGCCCCCAGUACAUCCGCACAUUCGCACAGUCACAGACCAUUAUAUCCAUCCGUCCGUCCAUCAGCACCUGCAAAUGCGAAGUAUAAAUUGCAAAUGUCACUCACUUCCAAGGCCCGCGGUCCGGUGUGCAGUGCAGCAUACAGUACAG